AUGGGCGGAGGCAGGUCCCGGAGUCCCGGGCGGGCUCUCCCUUGAAUCGGACCGACAGCAGCGGCGGAACGGUGGUGACUCCUCGUCCUCUCUCCCUUCUUCCCUCCCUUCCCUCCUUUCCCUCUUGGGUCUGGCAGCCCAGCGCAACAGGCAUGGCACUGACGGUGGAUGUGGUGGGGCCGGCACCCUGGGGCUUCCGCAUCAGUGGAGGCAGAGAUUUCCACACUCCCAUCAUCGUGACCAAGGUAACAGAGCGAGGUAAGGCUGAGGCUGCUGAUCUCCGACCUGGUGAUAUCAUUGUGACCAUCAAUGGCGAGAGAGCAGAGGGCAUGCUACAUGUGGAGGCCCAGAGCAAGAUCCGCCAGAGUGCCUCACCCCUACGACUGCAGCUGGACCGGUCUCCAGCUGCCUCUCCUGGGCAGACAAAUGGGGAAGGUUCCUUGGAAGUGCUGGCAGCUCGCUUCCAGGGCUCUCUGAGAACACACCAUGACAGCCAGUCCUCCAUGAGGUCUUCCUACUCCAGCCCAGCCUCCCUCAGCCCCAGGCCAGGCAGCCCCUUCUCCACCCCACCCUCCACUAGUCCACUCACCCUUUCUGGAGAGGCUGUGAUUGGCCGCAGUUUCCAGGGUCUGACACACUCUCCAGGCCUCACUGCUACUGACUUGUCUCAUGGUGGUCGCCCCAUAAACAGACAGGCUGGCGACUCUGCAGUGCGGGUGCUGCCACAUUCUUCAGGACCUCGGUCCUCCAGCCCCAGGUUCAGUAGCUUGGACCUGGAAGAGGACUCCGAGGUGUUCAAGAUGCUACAGGAGAACCGUGAGGGGCGGGUGGCCCCACGGCAGUCCAGCUCCUUUCGGCUCUUGCAGGAAGCCCUGGAGGCUGAGGAGAGAGGUGGCACACCUGCAUUUGUGCCCAGUUCGCUGAGUCCCCAGGCCUCCCUGCCCAGCUCCAGGUCCCUGGCCACUCCACCCAAGCUCCACACCUGCGAGAAGUGCAGUGGGAACAUUGCGAACCAGGCGGUCCGUAUCCAGGAGGGGAGGUACCGACACCCUGGCUGCUACACCUGCGCAGACUGUGGGCUGAACCUGAAGAUGCGAGGCCAUUUCUGGGUGGGCGAUGAACUGUACUGUGAGAAACAUGCCCGCCAGCGCUACUCAGUGCCUGGCACGCUCAGCUCUCGGGCCUGAGCCCCGUGGUGCUCAGUCCAUCUGUACUUACAUCAUCUUUGGGCAUGGCCAUACUGAGAGCAAGUUGGUAGGGAAAGGGUGGUAACAGGUGGUGGUUCUUAGAUGAACUAAGGUUGGGGACCCCAGGCCCUUUCGUCCUCUUUGGGUGAGGCCAAGGGCUGGGAUUUGUCUUAGGCUGCAGGUACUGACCACAGUUCCAUCCUCUCUGGCCUUUCCCCUGCAGGACAGGUGCUACACUGUAGGCUAAAGUGUCUACUGUGUUGGUAUGUUUGUGUGUAGCAUAGAACAGGUAGAAGUAUCUAGAAGGACGGGGCCCCAAAGUUAAUGAUAUUCACUGUGUAAAGGUUUUGAUGUAUGAACUCUCUAAAUAGAUACACAUGGACAAAGUGAA